GUUCGCCUUUCGACGCCAGUUUGGUCGCUCUCGAUUUCGUCUCUCCCCCAAAUCCAUUCACACGAGAGCUCGAAGUCCUAGCCGUCGAGGAGGGAGAUGGCCCGUACCAAGCAGACCGCCCGCAAGUCAACCGGCGGCAAGGCCCCCAGGAAGCAGCUCGCCACCAAGGCGGCGAGGAAGUCGGCGCCGACCACCGGCGGAGUGAAGAAGCCCCACCGCUACAGGCCCGGGACGGUGGCGCUGCGUGAGAUCCGCAAGUACCAGAAGAGCACGGAGCUCCUGAUCCGAAAGCUCCCCUUCCAGCGCCUCGUCCGCGAGAUCGCGCAGGACUUCAAGACCGACCUCCGCUUCCAGAGCCACGCCGUCCUCGCCCUCCAGGAGGCCGCUGAGGCCUACCUCGUGGGGCUCUUCGAGGACACCAACCUCUGCGCCAUCCACGCCAAGCGCGUCACCAUCAUGCCCAAGGACAUCCAGCUCGCCCGCCGCAUCCGUGGCGAGCGCGCGUAAGCCACCGCGUCCGUAGCGAUCUGGUUAGGGUAAGGGGGAUCAAGACGACGACGCGGUCAAAACUCGUUGAUCCCCCUCCGCCGCGGCCGCCCGCGUUUUAGAUCUCGUUCUCCGUAGCGUGUAAUAGGGUUUCGUUGGUUAGUGUAAAAACAUGGUUCGGUGAAGUUUGGUGCCGUUCUUUGGAUCUUGCGAUUAAGCACAACAGUGUCAAAAAAGACUUAUUAUUAUCAAUAUUCGUUAUAUGGAUUAUUAGUGAGA